GUGGUUACGUGGAACAGCACCCCACUUCAUCAGGCAGCAUACGGCAGACCUGCAGUGCGAUCACAGAGCAUGGCAAUGGGGCUAUGAGACUGAAGGGAGACAGAGAGCAAAGAGAGAAGAGAGCAAGAAGGAGGGGGGAAGUUGAAAAGAAGCGCUUGAGGGAUUUGCUUGGAUGAAAAGAAGGUGGUGGUGGGGGGAAGAUCUCUGGCUGCAUUGCCCAUCGUGGAUGUUGGAAGGACGUGGCAGCAGUGGCUUAGGUUCAGGCAGGUCUGUGGUCUUCUGUGUUGAAGUAGGAAGCGUCAGGACGUUAUGCCCUGUGAGCAGUGAGGGGUAAGCGUGUGUGUGUGUAUGUGUGUGUGCGUGUCUGUGUUCCUGCAUCAGCGCUGCCUGCAUGUCUCAGACAGGCGAGGGAUGCAGCAAACCUCUGCCCUGAGCGCAGAGGCUGCUAGCUGCACCCAGCGAGGAGAAGAAGAACCAGGUGGGCUCAGAGCAAGAGUUGGGGGUUGCUUGCCUCAGGAAGGAGCUAGCUUAACAUGCACUGUGGUCCCACGGUGGUCCUCGCUUCAGAGGAGAGAGAGCUCACCUGCCGCGCGUCGGAUCUGAACCUGGAUUUACUGCUCUGAGAGAUGAGAGGCACGUUCUCUGGCGGAGCCGCACUGACAGCAGCCCUCUGAAGGAGUGUGAAUGCUGGGCUGCACUGGGAGCACUGGAACCACCAAGGACACUGAGCCUUUUGCCUCACAGUUCACCUGGAGCGAGGAAUAUAUUCUUGGAUUUGAAUAUGAAUUGAGGAGUUUGGAAUUGGCACACUGGAAAUCCAGCGUUUCUUUGAUGUGGGAUUUACAAUAUGUCUACCUGAUCGUACUCUGUGUGGCUCUGGAGUAAGGACGAAACAUGAUUUGAACUUGAAAUGUGUAUUCCUUGAUUUAAAAAAAAUAACAUGAGUACCUCAACAGUACUUUAGAAUGCUGCUACCUUCAUUGUAUGAGCCUUGCCCUAGCUCUCAAAGAGGUUGACCAAUGAAGCCAUGGGACUCAGCCAGAGCUUUACAAAUGGGGCCUGUGGUAAAGCCCUGGACCAGCCGGUCGGAGAGUGGCUGGAGCACGUGGGGCUGCCGCAGUACGAGAGCAAGUUCCUGCUCAAUGGCUUUGAUGACCUACGAUUCAUGGGAAGUAACGUGAUGGAAGACCAAGAUUUAAGAGACAUGGGGAUCACUGACCCAGGGCACAGAAAGAAGAUCCUCCAUGCAGCACGCGGCUUGCCCAAGGUGAAACCACUGGGUUGUGAUGGCAGCACAUCUUUAGCCUCUUGGUUGGACGUCCUUGGCCUGCAUGAGUAUCUUCCCAACUUUCUCUCCAAUGGCUACCGAACCCUGGAGUGUGUGAAGAACUUGUGGGAGCUGGAAAUUGUCAAUGUUAUUAAGGUCGGGCCUUUAGGCCACAGGAAGAGGAUCAUUGCAUCUCUAGCAGAGAGACCCUAUGAAGAAGCUCCCUCUAAAUCCCGUCGGCUGUCCCCAAUUAUGUUCCAUGACCUGCUAUCCCAGACCACUUCGCCCCUCAGUCAGUUGGACCCCUACACCAGUCGCUCCAUGGACAUGCUCCUCCCCCUGACCGAGUCGGACCGGAGGCGAAGAGCAGUCGAUCAAGACUGCAGCGUUUCGCUGCGAUCCUACAAUGAGAGGCCGCGCUCUGUAGACCGACACAGUGAACGACAUAAAGAGUCUCGAUUGAACCUCCGGCCGCCGAGCCACUCUGCCACGUACGCCACCGUGUCCGCCUGGCAUCACCAGCCUGAGAAGCUCAUCCUGGACUCCUGCAGGUACGAGGCAACAUAUUUAGGAUCAUUGAUAAUCAGGGAUUUACGAGGGAUUGAGUCCACACAAGAUGCCUGUGCUAAAAUUAGGAAAUCAAAGGAUUCCAAAAAGGGCCCAGUUGUCAUACUGUCCAUCACCUACAGAGGUGUCAAGUUCAUUGAUGCUGCCACUAAGACGAUAGUUGCAGAGCAUGAAAUCAGAAACAUCUCGUGUGCCGCCCAGGACCCGGAUGACCUCUGUACUUUUGCUUACAUCACCAAGGACUCUAAGAGUGGCCACCACUUCUGUCACGUCUUCAGUACUGUGGAAGUUAUCCAAACAUAUGAGAUCAUCUUAACACUGGGACAGGCAUUUGAGGUGGCUUAUCAGAUGGCAGUUCAGUCCAGGGCGAGACACUAUGUGCCUCCAACAUCUCUGGGCUCAGAGUUCGUAGAAACCAAAACCAGCCGCCCGGUGUCUCAGUCGUGGAACAGCACGAGAAGAUCAGCGGGCGCCCCUCUGCUCGAAUGCCGCUGCUGUCACUGUCACACGUGUACUACCCACCGUCCUUCCUUCCUCCCGUUGCACUCUGUUAGCCCUGGAAUCCAGAUCGACCCCCUGGAGAUGGAUGCCGACAUGCAGUCGCUGGGCAGCACCACCUGGCUCUGCGACCAGCGGGACUCCAACAGGCGUCCCGUCAGCACCAACUCGCCCCAACGUUCAAGUUUCCGGACACCAAGCUGUGAGUUGAAGGGGAGCAGCUGAUGCGAGUGUGUUUGUGUGUGUUGAAUUAGUGCACAAAGCAGUGGGAAAAUGGUUAAAAGAGAGAGAAAGAGAGUGAGAGAGAGAGAGAGAGAGAGAGAGAGAGAGAGAGAGAGAGAGAGAGAGAGAAGGGGCCAACCAGCGUUACUCUGACAUUUAGAUCUCACUCUGUACACCUCCUGCUCCUCCACUGCCCCCGAGAUGAAUUCCCAACUCACAGUCAAAAGGUAACUUGUGGUCCCACAUCACUGGUUGAAUAGGACCUGUCUAUCACUCCUGUCUCGAGAAAGGUCAAGUCUACUUCCUGGCCUCCGUGUGACUUACGGAUCUUGUCAUGUAGGUACUGUUAUGUAUAGAGCACUGUAGACCGUUAGUAACAUAGACCAUUAAUGAGAAUUUCUGUUGAUUUGGGUCUACUGAAGAUGGAGCGCGGUUUGAAAAGGGGUAACAAAAGAGAAAAAAUGAACUGUACCAGCAUACAAUGCUUUGCCCAUAUUUGUGGUCAGAGUAUGGUUUGUUGAAAAUGUGAUACUGUUUCAAAUUUCAAAGCAAUAUUAUAUUCAUGAUAUUAAAUAAUACAAAGCCUAAAGAAACCCUCCCAAGUCUGUUGUCAGCAUUGAUUUUCUUUACAUGGCUGAGCAGUUAAAAACAGACACAUUACACCAGCUGUUUGAAAUCAAAAGUGACAUUACAAGAUGGUAAUUAUUGUACAAUUGUGCUUUCAUUGUUUCCCCCACUGAACAAGAUUAGUGGGUGGUGCGACUUCUAAUCUAAACAAACGAUUAGCCCCGUUUGUGCCUCUCUUGUACUUUAUUAUUUUCAAGUUGCAGAACUGAAGCUCUCACUGAUCUUUGGAAAAAAAAAAAAAAA